AUGGCUUCGUAUUUCUCCUCCCCGGCGUCAUUCCGGGUCAACAACAUGGAAGACCUCGCGCCACAGCUGAUAGCCCAGUCGCCAUUCAACGUGUUCAAGAAGAAGAAGCCGCACGAUGCCCACCCAGACCUCCCGCACCUCGCCUUUCUGGUAUUUGGCGCCGUCAUGGAGGUUGUCUGCAUCAGCCUGCCGGGCUACAUCAUUGCCCGACUCGGCCACUUCGACGCCGACAAGCAAAGGUUCCUCGCCAACCUGAACGUCAUGCUCUUCACGCCCUGCCUGAUCUUCACCAAGCUGGCCUCGCAACUAAACGCCGACAACCUCUCUGAUCUCGCCGUCAUCCCCGUCAUCUUCGUUAUUCAGACCCUCGUGUCGUACCUCAUCUCGCUCGCCGUGACCAAGUGCUUCGGUUUUGGAAAGCGCGCCUCCAACUUUGUGACGGCAAUGGGAGUCUUUGGCAACUCGAACUCGCUCCCCAUCUCGCUCGUCAUUUCGCUUUCACAAACCAUCAAGGGUCUCCACUGGGAUAGGAUCAAGGGGGACAACGAUGAGGAGGUGGCAGCGCGUGGAAUCCUGUACCUUCUCGUCUUCCAGCAGCUUGGCCAGAUGGUUCGUUGGAGCUGGGGCUACCACGUUCUCCUCGCGCCCAAGGACAAGUACGACGAGUACGACGACGAGCAGAUCGAAGAGGGCCGCCAGCAUGACGCCAACGGCGAGGGCGAGACGCGGGCUCUGCUUGCUGAUAGCAUCGAGGGUGUCGACCCGCGCGGCUUCGACUCGGACGACGAGGGCACCGUGCGCUCCGACUCGGAGGGCUACGAGCCCGCCGGCCGUACGCCUGUUGCCACGGCCAACCACUCGCGCGCCUCACCGGCCGACUCGGAGGACGAGGGCGAGGGCUCUGGGCUCGAAAACGGAAACGGUGGUCGCCCAUCCAGCGCGCCCAACGGAGCCAAGCCCGGAAAGCACUCGCGCUUCGUCAAGCCGGCAAACCUCGCCGGCCUCGCACCGCCCCUGCAGCAGCAAUAUGACAGGCUCCCGGACGCAGGCGAGCACAUGCUCUCGUUCCCGCGCAUUCGUAACAGUGAUGAGCCGGAGCCACCGAGCGGCGUCAAGGGCCUGCGGGCACGUGCUGGUCAGUUCAAGCAGCGCAGCAUGGACGCGGCCUCGACUUUUUCUCGCCGCCAGUUCGCGCGUCUCCCCAUGCCUGUCCAGCGCGGGUGCGGCCUGGUGUCGCGCGCUGCCGGCAAGGUGUACGGGUUCCUGUGGGAGUUCAUGAACCCGCCGCUGUGGGCGAUGCUCAUUGCCAUCGUGGUUGCGUCAGUGCCGGAUCUGCAGCGCCUUUUCUUCCAGGAUGGCUCCUUCAUCCGCAACAGUGUCACGAGCGCUGUGUCGUCGAGCGCCGGCGUGGCUGUGCCCCUAAUCCUGGUGGUGCUUGGCGCCAACCUGGCUCGCAACACGCAGAGCCACGAUGUCGUGGACCCGGAGGAGAAGACGAUCGGGACGAAGCUGUUGGUGGCGUCGCUAGUCUGCCGCAUGCUGCUGCCGACGCUGGUAAUGGCUCCCAUCCUAGCCUUCUUUGCCAAAUACGUGCCCAUCAGCAUCCUCGACGACCCCAUCUUUGUCAUUGUGUGCUUCCUGCUCACGGGCGCCCCGUCGGCACUGCAGCUGGCCCAGAUCUGCCAGAUCAACAACGUGUACGAGGGCGUCAUGGGCAAGAUUCUGUUCCAGAGCUACGUCAUCUGGAUCCUGCCCAGCACUCUGGUGCUCGUUGUGGCCGCGCUCCAGGUUGUCGAGGCGGCCAAGUGA